AUGUCCAGCACAUGCAUCUCACUCUCGGGUUCGACCCAAUGUCCCGCCUUCAAUACCUCCUCUAUAUCAACCAACUCAAGUCUCUAUACGGAUUUUCCAUUCAUGCAAUAUGUCUCCAACUUGACGCAGUUCGACCAGGAGCUAAAUACCUAUGUCAUGCAGUCUUUUGUGAAGUCAAAAUACGUGGACUAUCUAGGAUGCGAAGGUGCCAACCUCACUGACACUAGCGACUAUUAUGCCCGCUACACCACCAGUGUGAUCUGCAGUAGCUUGGUCCAAAGCUCAAAAGACGACUGCAAUCUCUCCGUUCAGGAUUCGAGACCGCUUUGCGCUGACGCCUGCGCUCAGAUGGCUGAAAGCGAAGAGGCCAUAAUCACCGACUCCGACCUCUGUCCUGAAAGGGCUGACGACUACAUGGCCCAGAUUCGGUCCGACUUCACCAUUUGCGCUCUUCCUGCUGACUCGAUCACUGUGAGCUGCGUCGCCGGAGCUGACAAUGAGCCGGAGAACUGUGGAUUUCGGUCCAAUCUCUUGGGGCUGUGUGCGCACUGCAAAACGAGCUCGAACAACACCACCGACUCCUGCUGCGAAAGCGCAGGAGCAGCUACCCGAUGCUCGAAUGUAACCGUUCCCUCUUCAACGAUAACACCGAUUUAUACGUCGACGUCAACAUCAAGUUCAACAGCUGGUGCUUCGGAUGGCUUAUCUGGUGGAGAGAUCGCAGGUAUUGUGAUAGGAUCCGUGGCGGGGCUUGCUUUACUGGCUGCUCUCGCCCUACUCGCUUUCAUCUGCUUGCGCCGCAAGCGCAAGGCGCGUGAUGAAAGUGGCCUCAACCAGCCGAACCCACAACGGAAGGGGUCUCCAUCAAUGCAACAGGCCCAGGUAAACAAUGGCUAUGCUGCCAUCCCUGGAGGACGAGUCGCUCGAAUGUCUGCUUUGCGCGAGGUGCCCAGUUCAUCGCCGGCACGAUCCCGCCUUUCGGCCGCCUUGUUCGGGGGCGGAAAGUACAGCGACUCUUCCGACUCAGAGUAUGGUGCGAGCCCGGGUGCUAUGUCCAAGAAAAUACCCCCAACAACUGGCAAGCGUCACGGCUCGCUAUCUAGCAACUCAGCCUUGGCUGGUAUGGGUACUGAUAGCUCACCGCGCUCAAUGGGAGCUGGUCACUACUCGUCACCUGAAGGCGUGACAAGCGGACAGUCGGAGCAAUUGUCUUCUUUCCAGGACUAUUAUUCGCCGGAUGAGAUACAUCCCGGUGAUAAGGUGGCCGUACUAUGGGCAUAUCAACCUCGAGCAGGAGAUGAAUUCGCACUGGACCGAGGCGAGAUGCUGAAGGUGAUCGGUAUAUGGGAUGACGGAUGGGCUACCGGCGUUCGCAUUCCCGAGAGCGUUGAUGACCAUGACGCUAGACACCGUGAGCAGCGCGAUAGCGGUGUCUCGAAUGGCACACAACGGCCGGCCCCUUCUCCGACUCCGCUAGGAGAGAUCAAGGCAUUUCCACUUGUCUGCGUAUGCCUUCCGCAACAUUGGCGCAAAAUCAUCGACGGCGGCCACACGGAAGAGGAUAGAUGA